CGGACCCUUCCGUUUCCUUUCUUUUCUUUCUUUUCCCCAACACGCCGUCCCCGCCGCAACCAGCAACAGGUCCCCAUCGCGGCAGCAUCUCACCUCACCCCCCAGCUCCUGCUGUUCUAUGGCGGACGGUGACGGAGCGGCGGCGUCGAGAAAUCUCACGGAGCACUCCGCCGGCGGCGGCGAGAAGGGACUCCCCAGGAGGGGCAAGUCUUCUUCCGGAAGGACAUUAAACACUGCACAGAUUCCGCUUGUCGCAAGCCAUCCAGAGGUGUAUGAGCCAUGUGAUGAUUCCUUUGCCCUUGUUGAUGCACUGCUCUCAGACAAAGCACAACUUUUGGCGCUGCAGCCAAGGUUAUGUAUGGAGGUAGGGUGUGGCAGUGGUUAUGUCAUCACCUCUCUUGCGAUCAUGCUCAGGCAAUUAGCCUCUGGAACCCAAUACCUGGCAACUGACAUCAACAAACAUGCUGCGGAGACAACUCAAGCAACCCUUGAAGCCCAUGGCGUGCAUGCAGAUGUAAUGGUUACUGAUAUUGUAUCUGGUCUUGAGAAACGUCUAGCUGGUAUGAUUGAUGUGGUAGUCAUUAACCCUCCUUACGUGCCAACUCCGGAUGAAGAAAUUGGAUGCAAGGGCAUUGCCUCGUCUUGGGCUGGAGGGUUGAAUGGGCGCCAGGUGAUAGACAGGAUCCUUCCUGCUGUGCGGGAGAUCCUAUCAGAAAGAGGGUGGCUGUACAUGGUGACCCUCGAAGAUAAUGAUCCUUCGGAUAUAUGUCAUCUGAUGAGCGAGAUGGGGUAUACUUCACGCGUUGUCUUGAAAAGAUGUACUGAGGAGGAGAGCCUUUUUGUUCUCAAGUUUUGGCGAGAUCCGCACACUGGUACGAAUGCGUCUCCUAAAUCUCCAAAAUCUGAGUCGUGGUUCUCUCAGUUGCCUUUCAAAUCCCUUUGGCACAAGGGUUCCUAGCAGUUCAUGGCCUCAUCAGUCUGGAGUCUUCAGUUCUGAAAAGGAGCAAGAAAUCAUUUGCAAAUUUGAGAUGGCAGCAUAUGUUUAGACACUCAAAGUACAAGAAUCAGUGUAACCUGAUUGGUUUAGAUCUCAAACCAAACAGGUCCUUAGACCAGAAACUACUGAACCUUUUUAUUUUUGUAGCUUAAAUUGUUACCUUAUGUUCUCCUCGUGUGUAUAUAUGCUACCAUGGAUUAUUAUCUUACUGCUUUUGGGAUUUGUGGUUUCCGCAUGGAUUAUUCCGUUUAAUUGAUCAUUUCAAGAUGAGAGGAAAAGAAGAUUGGGGCAGUUUCUUGUACCCUUACAUGAUCAGUUAAAGGAAUAUCAUGAUCAGUUCUGCU